GCCCACCAGCUUCCGGGCCCACUGCCGGCGCUGGAUACGAAAUGCAAAAAUGUCUGGGUCUGGAAACUUGUGAUGCCAAAAUGUGCAUGAUGAAAACGCUUCCGAAUGCAGUCCGGCAUGACAACUUCCCAAAACGCUUUCUCGUAGGCAAUCCGCAUGAGAACCUGCGUUCUUGCAUGACAAAAGAGACUGCGACUUUUGUUGGUUAUGCAAUACAGAUUUUCUAGCUAUGGAAAGCUAGCUUUACAAGUCCCAACCUUCCAGACCCAGACAUUUUUACAAUCCAUACUGGGCGAGCCGCAGCAAGAGUCACUGAAUCAAGCACUCGUGCGAGUGCACAUGAAGCAGGAGCUGAUGACGAUGUUCACAGUGCAUAUCAACUGGAAAAAUGUCUGGGUCUGGAAGAUUCUGACACUUGUCAGGCACGUUUUGCAUGAGCCAUGAUGUCCGUGAUGCCUACCCUAGCAAUACAGAUUUUUUGAGGGCUUCUUGAUGCCUAAUAUUUCGCAUGACAAAUGCCUUCUCAGAGUAGCAAAAAUUGCAUUCCCCUUGCUACUCAUGCAAUACAGAUUCUUUUGGAAUCCAAAUGCAGCAUCACAGGUUGCAUUCGUCCAGACCCAGACACUUUUGCAUUUGAUAGCGCAGCCCCUUUUGGAAAAGGAAGCCAAGGACCGGCAGGGGAACCUAUUGCCCAAGAAGAACCAGUAUGAACUGCAAAAGUAUCGUACUAGUACAAAUUGCAUUACAAAUUUGCUCAGCAUUACAAAUUAAAUCUGUAAUGCGGAUGGACAUUAAUGCCUGCGUUUGUAAUGCACAACUGCAAUCACUACGAGUGCGAUACUUUUGCAUUGGAUAACCAGUUAUUACACGAAAUUUUCAACCGAAACAAGUUUUAUCGGGAGAAGGCUGAAAAGGAAGCGAAAGAGGCGGCGGACAAGGAACAGGAGGAGCAGGCAGCACAACUUCGAGAACAGCAAGCUCGACUUGUGGAGCAGCAGAAGAAACACCUGAAAAAGACGAUGCUGCCGCCUGGAAGUGGGCCCGCGCGACAAGGGAAAGUCGCCAGAACCGGCGCGGCAGGAAAACAACUUCAAGUACACGGCACUGGGAUCACGAAGAGGGCAGCGCAUAACACAGUUGCGAAGAGGGUGGAACACGGGAAAAGCGGAAAGAGCGCUACUAUGGGGUUGCAGAACUACGACUCCAGUGCAAGUAGUUCCUUGCCGAGUUCUAAUGUGAAUUAUAAACUUCCACCAAGUAGUAGCGGUGUUCAAAGACCUACGAUCAACCAGUCUUCUUCAUCCUCAUCCUCAUCUUCGGCAGUUCAUAAAAUCAAUCUGCAACGACAGAAUAUCAAACCUGGAAUUCUGAACCAGCAGAGCAGCACGUCGCGAGGUCUUCUCGGGCUGGGAACUACUGGAAAAGCAGGAGCGCAAGAUGUAGUUUCCCAGGAGGUGAUGAGACAGCGGCAGGCAGCCCAGCGACAUCAAUUGCUAGUGGAAGAGGAGCCGGAAGAUCCCGAGUUCGAUCUACAUCUCGAAAACAUGCUCCUCCUCCCAACGACGCUGUCUAAGCGCGGCACGGCCGAUUACGUCCGCUUGAUAUCAAAUGUAAAAAUGUCUGGGUCUGGAAGAUUGGAAGGCUUGUCAUGCUUGUCUGGCAUGACCCAUGAUGCUUGUAAUGCAUGACCCAGCAUCACAGAUUUUUGGAACGCUUCCUGAUGCCAUUUCCGCAUGACAAAUGCCCUCCUCGCGCGGCACCAAUGUGGCUCCUCUUGCUGGUCAUGCAAUACAGAUUUUUUUUAGAAUCCAAAGUUAGCAUCACAAGUCCCAACUUUCCAGACCCAGACAUUUUUACAUUUGAUACUUGAAGAGGCCGUACCAGAAGGAACUCCAGCGGAGGAAGAGGGAAAAGAACUAUGAAAAACAAAAGUGUCUGGGUCUGAAAGAGUGUGAACUUGUCAUGCAGGUUUUCCAUGACCCCUAAGGUUUGGAAUGCGGGACCUAGUAUAACAGAGUCUGUGAGGUCUCUUUCACUUUCGUGCCUAUCCUGCAUGAGAAACUCCCUCCCAACUUGGUCGAAAGUGGACAGCUUUUGGCACUCAUGCAAUACAGAUUUUUGCAUGCUUCGGAUUUAGCAUGACAUGUUGCAACCUUCCAGACCCAGACAUUUUUGCAAUCCAUAAGAACAAGGCCCGGGCGAUUCGCUUGGAAAGGGAGGCCCGAGAGAAGCAGGCAAAGUUACUGGCACAGCAGCAGAAAGCCCGGGCGAAAGCCGCGGCGGCCGCGGCCAAAGCGAAAGCGAAGGCACAGGCGGCCAGGUAUGAACUGCAAAAGCAUCGUGCUAGUUGUAUAAAUCGCAUGCAAUACAAAUUGACUCAGCAUUACAAAUUUCAUUUGUAAUGCGGAUUUGCAAUAGCAAGUAGAGUUGUGAUGCAUAAAUGCGAUAAUUACUACGAGUACGAUACUUUUGCACGGGAUAGCAGGAACGCAAAGGCAACGGUCCGGAAAGGUGGCGGCGGGGGAAGGAGCGCCGCGAGUGGGCGGAAGAGGUGAGAAAAAUAGUUCGCGGGGUGAAAGUACGAACCAUGCGGGUAUUCAAGCUUUAUUUCUCGUGGUACACUAGUAGACCUAAUCCUAAACUUGGAUAGCCGCGGCGACACAAAGCGACACAAACAAACCGUAGCGAAACCGAUAGUGGAACGGUUCUUAUAAUCGCAUUUUUAGCUUCCUCACGACCCUUACGACGUUUGAUGCCAUGUGCCUUUAUUUUCACUUUGCCUCUCCCGUUGUACGAGGAAAAUGAUAUAAGUAUACCGCUGCUACUUGUUCGUGCUUUUGCUUCUUGGUGCUGUAAAUACGUUGCACAGACGACUGAAGCAUGCGACACCUCCGGAUUAUAUAUCAAGUAGUUCCUUGAGACACGACUGGAAUUUUUUUUCUCACACAAAAAGAAAAAAGAAAAACGAAAAAAAAAACUCUGCCGACGCCUGGAAGCAGGACGUAUUGGCACUGACG